UAUAACUACGCGCCCGCAACGCGACGCGUGAGGUGACUCUUCAAGCUUCAAGCGCAACCAUGGCCCCAAAGGCGCCAGUCAAACAAAAGUCUGGUGAGAAUAUGAAGCAAAAGAGUCUUAUGAACUUCUUCUCCAAGCCUGCCGAUGGCGCGAAGCCCACUAAGGCACCAGUUCGACGAACCCCCUUCUCAGAGUCGCCUGUCGAUGUCGAAGUACUUACCUCUCCUGCCGCACCAAGUCACGGGUCUUCAGAUGCCGGGGACAAGGGAACACCCCCUACUAGUGAUCCCGUCGAUGUUAGCAUGCUUUCUGAUGAGGAGGUGGCGUUGUCGGCGAGGAAAUCUGUGCCUCGUACGAAACGGAAAAACAUUAUCCUCGAGUCCGACGAUGAGGUUGGCACUCCUACCCAUAUACAAUCAUCUCCUUGUCGCGGUCGAUCGAAGAAACCCCGUGUAGCAAGUCCCUCAGACGACGAAUGCAAUGUUGCAUCAACUUUUUUGUCCCGUUUAUCGAGGUUCAAACAAGCACCUCGUAACGCCCCAGCCAAAAAGGCAUACCAUUCUGACGAGUUUAUCGUCCCAUCCGACUCUGAUGAGGACCCACGAGAUCGCUCGUCUUCUCGUGCCUCGUCCCGUAGUACUUCAACCCCUCAUUCAGCACAUGAUGAUGACGAUGGCGAGGACUACGAGGGUGACGAGAGGACCAAAAAGUCGCAGCCUAAACGAUCUCUAAAACAGCCUGGUAUAGCAGGUGUCUCCAGUGGAGGGCACUCCCUCUUCCUUACUGCUGCCGAGCAGCGCGCUCAGCAGCAGAAGACAGAGAAGAAAGCUACCGAAGAACCAUUUGCCUUCUUGCAGGAUCCCAGGGAUAAAGAUGGUCUCCGUCCUGGUGAGCCGGGUUAUGAUCCAAGGACUUUGUAUAUUCCAAAGCAAGUUUGGGCCUCCUUCACACCCUUUGAGAAACAAUUCUGGGAGAUUAAGCAAAACCAUUUUGACACCAUCUUGUUUUUCCAAAAAGGGAAAUUCUUGGAGUUGUACGAAGAAGAUGCCCGUAUUGGUCACAGGGAAUUUGAUCUGAAGCUCACGCAGAGAGUGAAGAUGUCUAUGGUUGGCGUGCCAGAGACCUCUUUUAACUUCUGGGCUGCCAAAUUCCUCGGCAAGGGAUACAAAGUCGGUCGCGUCGACCAGUCUGAGACUGCACUGGGUGCCGAGAUGCGCCUAGCCAGAAGCAAAGGCAGUCAGGUCGAAGACAAGGGCAAAGAGAAGAUUGUACGGAGGGAGUUGAACAAGGUUUACACCAACGGGACAUUGGUGGACGAAGAGCUCCUUACGGACGAGCACGCAGGUCAUUGUAUCUCCAUUCGAGAGGAUUCGUCCGGUCUACAAGGGUGCAAUUUCGGUAUUUGCGUUUUGGACAGCGCAACAUCCCAGUUUGAUUUAAGUGCAUUCGAUGACGACGUAUGCUUGACUAAACUGGACACGUUGUUCAGGCAACUGAGACCAAAGGAGGUCAUUUUUACCAAGGGCAACUUAUCUGUUACUACUACACGGUUACUCAAAGCCAUUCUUCCUUCUGCGUGCCUGUGGACAAGCUUACGUGACGUGGAAGGAUAUACUUUUGAACAAACCAUCAAGGAACUUAACGAGAUAUUCUCAGAAGGCGCGGAGGACGAUGGAAUGUGCGCCGAGACGGAAUUGAGUUCUUCUGUGCCCCAGAGUAUCCGAGACAUGACUGGAUGUAAGACCGCUAUAGAAGCCCUUGGGGCAAUGUCAUGGUAUCUUCGCCAGCUAAACAUUGACAAAGACCUCUUAACGAUGAAGAACUUCAACGUGUACGAUCCUAUGAAGGCUGGGCGCAAUCUCGUCCUCGAUGGCCAGACGCUCGCUCACCUUGAGGUAUUGCAAAAUAACGAGGGUACAGAUGAGGGUACUCUCCACAAGCUCCUCAGUAGAUGUAUCACACCGUUUGGUAAACGGCUGUUCAGAAUAUGGCUUUGUGUUCCACUCAGAGAUGUGGCUGAUAUCAACAACCGCCUUGAUGCAGUGAAAGAUUUGAUUGAUCAUCCAACGUUCGAGGCACGCUUUACGGACUUGGUCAAGGGCCUUCCUGACUUGGAGCGUAUUGUUUCUCGUAUUCAUGCAACGAAUUGUAGAGUCAAGGACUUCAUCAAAGUACUUUCAGCUUUUAGGAAACUGAACGAUGGGCUUGCAAGUUUCGCCGAGAAUUCGGAGUUAUUUGAGUCGAAAACCAUCUUAGAUUUGUUGAGGUCAGCGCCAGAUCUUUCACCUCACCUGAACAAUGUCCAGUCGCGCUUUACUGUCGACAAGGUCACGGAUGAACUCCUUCCCGUGGAUGGCAAAGAUAAAGUUUACGAUGGUGUCAUGCAGGAGAUAUCAGAACUGGAGCAAUCGCUUGAUUCCCGGCUGAAAAAGUUUGAGAAGAGCCUUGGGUGUAACUUGUCCUGGUGGCAUAGCGCGAGUGGAAACAAGGAAAUAUACCUUAUUCAAACAAAGGUUAACCAGGAGAAUAUCCCCGAUGAGUGGGUAAAGAACAGUGCUACUAAAACCGCCAAACGAUGGGUAGUCCCGUCCUUACAGCCAAUGAUUCGGCGUCUUAAAGAGGCACGCGAAAACCGCAACGGCGCUGUGAAAGAUUUCAAAGGACGUCUGUAUGCCGAGUUUGAUGCAGAUCGUGGAGUAUGGCUUCGCGCCGUACGAGUGUUAGCGGAAUUUGAUUGCUUGUUUUCGCUUGCAAAGUCAUCGGUUGCUAUUGGCGAACCGUCUUGCCGACCCGAAUUCGUCGAGGGCGAGGCUGCUUUCGUCGAGUUUGAGGAGCUUCGACAUCCAACACUGUCUGCCCUCAGGGACAACUUCAUUCCAAAUGAUGUCAAAUUAGGAGGAGGCGGCCCUAACAUGGGUGGCAAAUCGACGGCAAUGAGGAUGACAGCUGCUGGCGUUAUCAUGGCACAGCUUGGUAUGCUCGUUCCCGCAAGAUCUGCACGCAUCUGUCCAAUUGAUAAAAUCCUCACUCGAAUGGGAGCGUACGACAAUAUGUUUUCUAACUCCAGUACGUUUAAGGUUGAGUUGGACGAAUGCUGCAAGAUUCUCCGUGACGCUACUCCCAGAUCAUUGGUCAUCUUAGAUGAACUUGGCCGGGGUACCUCUACAUAUGAUGGGAUGGCGAUUGCUGCUGCGGUAUUACAUGAAUUAGCAACCCGAACCCUUCCUCUUGCUUUCUUUGCCACUCACUAUGGCUCUCUUACGGAUGACUUCGCCUACCACCCUGAUAUCAGGAACAUGCAUAUGUCGACGCUUCUUGAUGAUGAGAAACAAGAGCUUGUCUUCCUCUACAAAUUGGUCGAAGGCGUCGCAUCGUCAUCGUUCGGAACACACGUAGCCAGUCUCGCUGGUGUUCCCUCUGAGGUUGUAUCUCGCGCAGAGGUUAUUUCGAGUGAUUUCGCCAAACAAUUCAAAGCGCGCAUUGAUGGCCAAAAGAAAUUGCUCGCAUCCAAACUUCCUUUGGUUGCCCACGCCGACUUCAAGUAUCUGCUGGCUUUGGCAGCCGGUGACCUGCAUUUACCUCAGGACCCUUACAGGCAACGACAGCUCCUCGGACGACUGAAGGCAGCUAUCCGGUCGUACCUUCCUCUAGACAUCAGUGCACGUUGACAAGGUGCUCCCUAUACCACAAUUCCAAUGCUAUCAUACCUUUGCAUUCGUUGUAGAUUGCGCAUACCGUUACUUUAUAUCUCCAUGCUCGUCGCUUAUGUAAUUUGCAGUCUCUGUUACCUCAACUUAUGGCUGACGUAAGCUAACCAUGAGG